AUGAAAAUUUUAAUUAAUAUUCCUUAUGAUGACUCAUUAUGUAUUGAGUCAUCUAAUAUUAGUACUAUAAAGAAUGUUAAAGAACAAAUUUCAGAAUUAAAAGGUAUUCCUUUUGAGGUUCAAAAAUUAUAUAAAAACGGACGUCAAAUUGGAGAUGAAGAACUAAUUGAAAUAGAUGAAUCUGAAUUUGCAUACACUUUAGAUUUAAAUUUUGGUUUACUUGGUGGUGGAAAAAAAAAAAAGAAAAAAGUUUAUAAGAAACCAAAAAAAGAAAAACAUAAAAAAAAAAAAGUAAAAUUAGCAGUUUUAAAGUUUUAUAAAGUAGGAGAUGAUGGUAAAGUUUUCAGAUUAAAAAGACAAUGUGAUAAUUGUGCACCAGGAACAUUAAUGGCUUCUCAUUUUAAUAGAGAUUACUGUGGUAGAUGUAAUCUUACAAUUAUGAAAAAAUAA